CCUGUUCUCCCCGCAGCUAGCCCUGCAGUCCCUUCUGUUUUCACUUCCUGUACUAACCAAAUUUAUUUUCUUCUGCAGUAGUUUACAGAUGAGAGGCACGGUCUCCCCCUCUCUCCCCACCUCCUUUCCAGCCAUGUGACUGAGCACUCCCUGCACCAAGUGAAACUUUCCAGUCCCCAGGAAACCUUGAUCUCCUUUCCAUUUGCUCCACAGUGAGAAGCAGCCUCUCUCAAACCUGUUGGCCAUGGGGAGGAGCACAUGGCAAUUCAUCUUGCUAGCCUUCACCUGUGCAUUUUCCUCCUGCUUUGCUGAAGUGGCCUUAGGGGUCAAGGUGUCUCCAGAAACAGUAUCCUUCCCACAUACAGCUACUUCUCAGCCACACCCCCGUCAUCAUUCGUCAUCCCAUCAAGGUACCACAGUUCGUUUUAACAGCGCAGGCUCUCUUAAAACAACAUCCAUGAGAACAACUGUGCAAUCAACAGACCAGCGCCAGGUAACAACAGCACCAGGCCAUCACACAACAGACCAGGCAGCAGCAACCACCACUCAAGUGAUCAGCCAGAAAUCUCCCAUGGUGGUAACCACAGUAUCAGCAGACAACACAACUGCAGCUGGUCAGACUACAACCCAGGCAAUGGAAACGGUUACACUUGUGAAGAAUGCAACCACACACCCUGUGUCCUCCACCAAGCAAGACAGAGCAUGUGUGAGCACAGAAAUAACAGCAUCAGCCACAAACACAACCAUAAAACAUACACCACCAAAUACACAAACGACAGCUAUUGCCAUAAAUACUACAGCAGCCACCAUGCAAACUGUAAAGCCCACCACAGGAUCUGGAAAUCAAACAACGCUACCUGAAAGUUCAAUAGCCCCAGCCAUGACAAAUGCAACAACCAUUCAUCCAGGGACUCGAACAGCCAUCCCAUCUACUAUGAUGACAACAAGACCCACUCUUGCACCUCAGCCUUCUCCCAUCCCCACUGGCAUAUACACCGUUUCCAGUGGGAACAGGACCUGCAUCAAAGCAGUCAUGGGUUUGCAGCUGAUGGCUCAAAAUGCACAGAAGAAGCAGAUGGAGUACAUGACUGUCAACCCCAAUGUGACACAGACAUUUGGAAGCUGUGGAAUGGUGCAGUCUGAGCUGAACAUAACUUUCAGUGGAGGGUUUGUAAACUUCACCUUUGUAAAGCAAGCUCCAAGCUACUAUGUCAGUAAAAUUGAGACCAGGUUACAGUCAUCUUCUGAAGGUAUGCUUUACUAUGGAGCUAUACAAGAGAAGAUGUUUACAACAAAGCUGGGGAAUUCCUUUAAGUGUGCCAGCAAGCAAACCUUCAAUUUGGAGAAGAACUUCCAGCUACUCUUUGUUAAUAUGCAGCUGCAGGCGUUUGAUAUUGUUGGUAACCAGUUUGGAAAAGAAGAAGAAUGUUUUCCUGAUAAAAACAGCAAAGUGGCUCCCAUCGCAGUGGGCCUAAGUAUCCUGGGAUUGUUAGUCGUCGUGUUUGCCACUUUCCUGAUUUCCAGAAGAAAGCCACAAAGAGGAUAUGAACGUAUUUGAGGUGCACUUGUGCUUCCAAAUGUACACAGCAAGUAGAGAAGUCACAGGAGUUUUAGCUUCUACCUAGCAAUCUCACUACCCUGAAGCCACAUUUUUAAGUGAUUUUAAGGGAUGACACCAUGUCUUUAAAGCUAAUAUUUCUGGAAAUGAUUUCUUUAAGGUGGGAAGGAGAGAACUCACACCAUCUGCUUUAGGCUAUUCUUAUCAUCUAAUUCAGUUGUAGUUCAGAGGACCAAAGUGAGGAGCUUAAAUUCUUUAUAUUAUCAACAAAGUAGGCAGUUCAUACAAUCCAAGUCAGAUGCAAAAAAUAGCUUAAAGCAAGCAGUAUCACUAUUCCCCAGAAAAUCCAUCAGGUUUGUUAGAGAUAGCAUUUAGAUUUAUUAAAAUAGAUGUCUCCAGUAACACAACCUUCAAGUGACUAAACCAGAGAUCCACAGCUACAGACAACUUUGUUGAAUAAGAGCUCAGUGAAAGCCUUGUGGGAACACUGUAUGCUGAAGUCUCAAGGCAAGUGUGUGACUUCCAUUUGCAAGUUCUCACCAGUCUUGUAUGUAACAGGGUUACAUUUUGAAAGUCCUUGUUUUUCCUAUUAAGCCCUUGACAAGGACAGAGCACUAAUAUGUGAUUCUUAUUCUGGAGGCAGUGUUUUUAGGAAAAAAAAUCCAGUUUGCAAUGACUGUGGAUGCAAGUAAGAGAUUACCCAGCUGAGGUCAUACAGGGGCUUCCUGACCAGUAUGUGCCUAAAUUAUCACUUCUCAUUGCUUGUCUCAGCACUGCUACAAAAAUGUCUGAACUUCUUGUCAAUAAUUCCUGAGCUGCAGCCUCAUAAAGCACAGCACAUUAGAGCGAUCUGACAAUGGUAAAUUUAUCCUGAAAUGUUCUCCUGCAAACUGCACAAUUCAGGAGCUGAUUGACAAGCAGCUGAGGUAUGCAGCAGAACUGGGCGGGAGUUUGGAGGCAGAAACUGCAUCUGUCUGCCACAUCAGGCCAAGUUGCCCUGCUUGUCAAUUGGUGUUCAAGGCACAGCAUCCCUUUGCAACAUGUUUGCCAUACAAUGUGGAGAAAACUAACAUGAGGGUCUGAAAACACUGUGACACAUGGGCUGAUGAUUUUGCAUGAUAAAUUCAAAGAGCUUAAUAUUUUGUGGUCUUGUGAGAGCUCAUAAAUCACCCCCUUUCACCUAUUCAAAGAUCUGAUUCAGUGCCUGCCACUGAACUUUGUAACUCCCUCUACUGAGACAGCAGCAGCACUGUGAUCUCUCUUAAUCCAGGAAGAUACUAUGGUCACUGAAAAUGCCAGGGAUUAAGUGGCCACAAUUGCAGUAGAUCUGCACAAGGUCCAUGAACAAAUAGAAAUCCACUAUAACGUGGUAUGAUCAAGACUUCUGUGGGAAAUAAAAGCAUGCACAACCCUUGGACAAACUCUCUGCCCAAUGUGAAUGCUACUCAGCAUCCUUACAUCUGAGGAGCUAAAUUUUCAUAUGGAAAUAAUUUGGAGCUGUUUUAAAGAACACUAAUUGAUUCACUCUGUAGUCUAUUUCCUGCUAAGCAAGUGAUAAAGGCAUCACACUUGCUUUUGCAACUAAGUUCAGCUGAUGCUCUUUGCUGUAACAAGGAAAAAUCUCCUUGUCACAAAACAUUUACAAAGCUAAACGUAUGCACAAAUGUGCACAAGGACACACGUGCAUGCACCACACAAUCUGUUCACUGCAGAACAUCAAAAUUAUAAGAAAUCAUAUCUGAAAAUUUGCCAAAAGAGAAAAUAAUAUUAAAUAAGAG